AUGAACGAUUUCCCACUGACAAAGUCCUUAGGUUUCUCACUAGAAAAUAAACUCGGCAAGAAACUGGAGGAUGCGAUGUUCAAUCAGGGUUACAUGGAGCAGUAUCAAGAGGUGGUGAGAGCUAGUCGGGAAUCCUUUGAAAGUUUCGAAGGUGACAAGGAAAGAAGACGCAGAAGAGGCAAAGAUGCAUCAGAACUAUCGAAUGAUGGCCCUGUGGAACGUCGUCGAAGCGCAGGCCGUCUUCGUUCAGACGUGGGAAGACGAAGAUCGCGUUCUCAGGCACUCCGAAGGGAUAAACUCAACAGCCAGAGCCUGAGGAGCCAUCUUGAGCACUCUAAGCAAUCCAGCGAUACUGUACACCAAUCGAAGAUCUCUAAAUCUGCGUAG